UGAACGAUGCGCAGUUUAUUAAGAGAUUCUGUUUAUUUCACGGCUUCGCGUGUGUAGAUUGCAACUUGGAGUAAACAGAAUCGGUGGUGUGCUAAUAAUCAUCGUUUCACCGUCAGUCGCUUCGGUCGAGUGUGUAUUUUCGGAAUUUUUUUGCGCGACCGGGAUUCGCCAUUCGCCGUCGGUACCUGCCCUGGGAUCAGCGAGGUGAAGAAGUGUCGUUUUUGUUGCGAUUUCAUUCGGUGCAUGCGGGACGCGUAUCGCAACGUCCAGCAACGUCGGGAGAAGGUGAAAGAAUUCGCGUUUCUCGUCGAUGAACUCAUCCUCUAGUAAGGGCUAAAGCUAGGCCACUUUAGUCUGGGCAGUCAGUAGUCGUCCGUUAUCCACCGUCCAGUGUGGAACACAGAGCGCCUGCAAGCGCGAAAGUAAACAACUUAACUGGAUUGCGCUGAAAGCCGAUGAAAUUGCGGGAGCGGCUAAAGAACAAAACAAAAUCCGUGCUGAAAAGUUUGAAUGCCUGUGCCAAUCGGAUCGGAAAUAUGGACUCCAGUCAGCAACAGCCGGGAAGCAGUAAGCCGUCGAACUUUAUCGACAAGAAGAAGCCCCAGCCACUGAUGAAAACGCUCGUGAAUGUGUUUCACAAGUUCCUGGUGCUGCUGGUACGAUGGCUGCUACAGCUAAUAUACGGCGAGCAUGGCCCGAAGAUGCCCCCCAUCCGGAACUUGAUCCUGAUGGAGUCGGCCACUUCGCUGGCGCUUAAGAUCCGCACGCGAAAGCUGACCAGCGUCGAGGUGAUGGAAGCAUUUAUAGCCCGCUGCGAGGAGAUUAAUCCCCAGCUGAAUGUCGUCGUCGAUCAGCGCUACCAAGAGGCGCUGAAGGAUGCGGAGAAAGCGGAUCAGCUGAUCGCGUCCGGGACGCUCACGGUAGAGCAGCUAGCCACCGAGAAACCAUUCCUGGGUGUUCCCAUUUCCACCAAAGACUGUAUUAAAGUUAAAGAUCUUUUGCAUACUGCUGGUAUUUGGAAGCGAAGGUUUAUUCGCGGAGACCGGGACUCGCAUGCGAUGGGCCUGAUGCGCAAAGCUGGAGCAAUCCCAUUUGCCCUGACCAAUGUGUCCGAGUGUUGCAUGUGGUGGGAAAGCGUCAACAAGAUCCACGGUCGCUCGCGGAAUCCGUACGAUGCCAAUCGGAUAGUGGGAGGGUCCAGCGGGGGCGAGGGAGCCCUACUGGGCGCUGCCGGGUCACCGUUCGGUCUGGGUUCGGACAUUGGUGGUUCGAUUCGGAUGCCGGCGUUUUUCAAUGGAAUUUUUGGCCACAAACCGUCGAAACACAUCGUUUCCAAUGAUGGACAGUAUCCGGAGCCGAUCAGCGGGGAGCAGGAUAUGUUUUUGGCUAUCGGACCCAUGUCUCGCUAUGCUACGGACUUGAAAUCCAUGCUGAAAAUUAUCGCCGAUGAGAAUGCCAAAAAGUUACGGCUGGAUGAACCGGUGGAUCUUAAGCAAGUUCGGUUCUUCUACCAGCUGAAUGAUGGAGGUGGCAGUUUAGUGUCUCCGGUGGAUUUGGACAUCAAAGAGGCGAUGGAAAAGGCGAUGGCGCAUUUCCGUUCCACGGUUAAAGCCGAUGUUCGCAAGGUCUAUCUGGAUAAAAUGCGCAAAUCCGCGCAGAUUUGGUUUGGUAACAUGAAACAAAAGGAAGAGAUAACCUUUGAUGCUCAGUUGGCAAAUUUGGAGGGUAAAAUCAACCCAUAUGUCGAACUGCUCAAAUGGUGUGUGGGACAAUCGAAUCAUACCUUCAUUGGGAUUAUGACCGCAAUUACCGAGCGAAGUGGAGUUCAGUACGACACUCCGGAAUAUCACCACAUGGUAAAACAGCGCGACGAGUUGCUGCAGGAGUUCACGACUAUGCUGGGGGAUAAUGGAGUUUUCAUCUAUCCGACCCAUCCGACGGUCGCUCCGUACCACAAUGAACCAAUAAUCCGAGCGCUAAACUUCAGCUACACCGGAAUAAUAAACGUCCUGGGACUGCCGUCAACGGCGGUGCCUCUGGGGUUGGGCCGCGAGGGUCUCCCGAUUGGUCUGCAGGUGAUUGGAAACGUGAAUCAGGACCGGCUUUGCUUGGCGGUUGCUUGCGAACUUGAGCGAGUUUUCGGUGGCUGGGUGGCCCCUGAGGUGUUGGCUUGAGGGCGUUUGGCGCCAAAAUGUUGAAACCAGUGAUACCGCGUGCACCACAGGAUACGAAACAUACACGAUUUAUUUCCAGGUACGAUGGAAGAUUAUUGUUGAAGCUAAGAUAAAGAGCAAUAUUUUGUGCGAUACUGAAAUAUACAAGGUGUUAGAGGAUA